AUGGACACCUCCCGUCCGCUCAUGACCGAGUUUUACCUGACGACGCUGUGGACGUACACGCCCAAGGCGGUCGAGGAGGUGAUUCGUGACAUGGAGGCGAAGAAAUUUGAACGAGCCGAAUUUGUCUAUGACAGGGACUACAGUUGGUUCAAGGUCAGCUGUCGUGAGGACCAGGUAGACGAAAUCCGUUGGCAGUUUUGCCUCCUCGCUCGCGAAUUCGAAGACGAUGUGUUCGAUGACAGCGAAGAGGACUUGUUGAGCUUGGAUGGCUCUCUCAAGCCAUCAUUUGAAAACGAGUGGUUCACUCAAGAUGACCCGCCUCCUGACGUCGGUGAAGUUGACGAGCAGUACUGUCGCCCCAGUGCCCUGGACAAGUACCCUUGCGUCGAGCUCUGGGAUGACCUUGAUAAGGGCAACGAGCCUUACUCAUACUGGGAGAUCAUAACCCCCAAUCAAGCUAGGGCGUUGGUAUCUGAACUAGGCAUCGCAUUUUCUCCAGCCCUUGCCGGAAGACUGGUUUUCAUUGGGGGUCACAAGAAGCAGUCCAUUGGUGAAGCCAUGGAAAGACUCAGAGUCCUGCUUAGUGUCAGGAAACUUUCAUCUCCUCCACCGAGAGUAGAUCACCUCGUAUAUGCAGAGGAUAGCCGCAGUCCAGUCACGCCCGGUUUGACGGCUGAUAUUCGAUACCUGACCAACAUCGACCCAAAGCUAGUUUCUUCGACCCUUAUCGAUCGGCUCCUGGUAGCGAACCUGGCAGACUCAUACGAGAUACUCUAUCGGGAGGCAUCUUCAAUUCGCAUCUGCCCUUGGUCCCCUCACAAGGGUUGUUACGUGUCCUUACUCGGCCCAAAGGUUGCCGCUCGACCAAGAGACAAAACAGCCCUGGGAAACCGGCCUGCCAUAUUUACCAGGAUGAUUGACAAGUAUACGCCCACCAAAGAGCCCAACUUUGUUGAACAGAACCAUAUCGGCAGCGAGGCCAGCUUCCAGGUUGGGACUUGGGUUCAGAAUGUUCCGAUCCCUGAGGAAUCUGUUAGACGGGCCGCGCACUAUGUUCUCGACACCGGUUCUCAAGCAGCUGCCAACCCGUCCAGCGUACCAGAGCAUGAGGAUCUCAUGGACUUCAAUGACGACGAGACAACAUUAUGCCCCGGGUCUCCCACGGCCGCGACGUCCAGGACAGCAACCGGGACGCCAGCCUUAACGGGCGCGAAGACUGAAAAGUCAGCUUCUCGCCAACCUCCCUCCGCCCUUCGAGCGCAGCUGGGUGUGUCGAGAGCGAAGGAAAUGAUGGGCUCCCAAAACGAGGAGCUCGCAUUCGCAGGCGAUGGCAGUCUAAUCGACAUGCUUGCUGCUGUGGAUACAAGAAGUGCUGAGGAUAUGCCGAGGUCAACAAUCAACUGGGGGAUGGCCCCUCUUAUUCCGCUACCCGUGGAUAACCCUGCGGCUGGGGCGGGUAACUCGACGCUGAACUUGACAUCCAACCUUCCGAUGAGCCGCGGUGUUCCGCAACAAGGGACCUCUGCCGAGGACAGCCCGGGCGAGAUUCUGACGGAAAAGCACACAGCUACACGUCAAGUUAGCGGUGGUAAUACUUCGCAGUCACAUGGGCUCACUAACCCCAGCGCACAGCUGAGCCUACGGCCAGCUCCUUGGCCCGGAACCGGAGCGUCGGGUGGCCUUCCCGUCGCCGGAGGUUUUGUCAACGAGAUACACGCAGCAAUGGCCAAGCUCUUAGUUACGGGCCCUUAUCGCCGUGGCAAAGUCGAAGUAAGAGCCGAGUUCGGGCGCAUCAUCCUCGAGAAGGUGGAUAAAACUGGUUUGGCAUUCAACAACGAGAGUACACCCAGUGAAGGGUGGGAGAAAGCGAUGUUGCUGCAACGGCUGAAGAGCGACUUUGGAGGAAACCAAAAUAUCCACUUCACCAAAAUUCUUUCCGCGUAUGCCCCCAACAUCGAAGACAUGAUCAACAUCGAGGUUGAAGGGGCUCCGAUUUGGGAGAACAAGCCAAGCUGCGCUUCCACGACGUAUUCUUUUUAUUGUGCAUUACGUUUGUCAAAGCAUAUUCCCCCGUUUAUUGUCGACAUUGAGGAUGAUGGCACACUCAGCGCCGAGCUAUCCUACUCGAUUCGUCUAAACGACAACGUGCAGGAGUGGGACAAGCCAAAACCCAUUUACGUCCAUGCAAUCUGUCGACACUGGGAUUUACGGAUGGUAAUGAACCACGUCAAAACUGACGAGGUAGAAGCCGUGUACGGCUCCUACGCGCGCUCUCUGAUGCAGUCGCUAAGCAUCCUACGCAACGAGAAUGGCGCUUUGGAGCUCCAGUUUGCAGUACCCACUGAAUCCUUCAUGGACGUGAGGGAGGUCCGGAUUCUGACCAAGUGGCGUCAUGCCAGUGUCGACCGCCAUAGCGCCCUCGAAAUCACUGAGGUCCAACAAAUGAAGACGGAACCGUACUCGGGCGGUCCGUAUUCUAAAGCUUCCUGGAACUCGUACGAGGGAAAGCACUCCCGCCCCUGGUCAAACAGGAUGAUCAAAGACAGCAAGGGCGAAGUCGCGCGGUGGUACGAGGCUGCUGUGGUCUCCGCCGAGCUGGAAGACAUGUGUCGACAAAAUGCGCUUCUCAAGGUUGGCAUAAAGGCUGACUGGGAAGUUGAAGAUCUCGAGCACCGCGGCGUGUUUGCGGCACUCUACGCCCCGGCCCUGCAUAUGGUUAGGGCGAUGGACCAUGUUGGCAGACUAGACGACAACAACCUUUCACAGACCAACGGCCACUUGCUGCGCCAGCCCAACGACCGGCCUCCUCCUCAGGUGGUUGGAUCGUCUGUGGUAAAAAUGGGCAACAAGAAGGGUCGGUAA